ACAAAUAAGCAGGCAGAGCAGGACAUUCCAUCUAAUCAGUUCACUUUUACUUUACAGAGAGAGAGCAGAAGCUGCUGAGAAAACAUGGACAAACUUAUACUCCUAUAUUUCCUGUUAGGGGUAAUAGGACCUGGUGGAGGCACAGUGACUUUCAAAGGAUUACCUAAUUUAGUAAACGUAUUAGAAAACCAACCAGCUGGCACCACUGUCUUCACAUUCAAUGUAACUUCCACAGCUACAGUGAAAUCUGGAUUCCCUUAUAUAAUCAACACAAGCCCCAUCACUAAAGCAUUUGAGUUGGGUGUUAUUCUACCUACUGUUAAUGUGGUUCUUACUGGGAAUCCUGUGCUGGAUUUUGAGACGACACCCAACAGUUUCAAUCUGCAGAUUUAUGUAGAAGACAAUACUGGCGCUACUGAUCUCCAAAUUUUAACUAUACAGCUUAUAAAUGUCAACGAGCCUCCAGUCUUUCUGGACAACCUGGCUAAUCAAGCUGUAGAGCUUUAUAUCCCAGAAGGAACUGCAGCAGGAACAAUUUAUCAGAUUAAUGCAUUUGACCCUGAGGAUGCAUCUAAUACGCUUACAUACUCGUUAACUCCUGCAUCAGCUCCAUUUACAGUGUCAGCAACUGGAACUAUUAUUUCUACAAAGGUGUUUGAUUUUGAGACAGACCCAAAAAGUUACUCACUGGUUGUACAAGUGACGGAUCCAAAGGGAUUAUCUGCUAAUGGAACUAUGAUUGUUCAUAUUACCAAUAUCAAUGAUGAAACACCUUACUUCAUUGGAACAACAUCAACAUACACGAUUCCAGAAGAACAGUUUCCUGGAACUGUAGUUGCGACUGUAACUGCUGCAGAUCCAGAUGCUGAUGGCUCCAUUAAUACACUUCUUUACAGCAUUAAUACACCAACAGAAUACUUCACAAUAAAUCAGUUGACUGGAGUGAUCCAGAUUGCCAUGCUCAUAGACCGUGAUGCUAACCCACUACGGCUGCACCCCAACAUAACUCUGGAAAUCCAAGUACGGGACAGUCCAAGUGGUGGCCAUUCAAAUACGACCCUUCUAACAUUCAUUAUUGAGGAUCUGAAUGAUAACCCACCCACAUGUGUACAAUAUGCAUACAGCAUUGCUGUACCCGAGACUGAACCACUAAAUACUGUUCUGAAAAAUCUAGCACUGGACUGUAAUGAUAUUGAUGUUCAGGCCCCCAACAACCUUUUCAAUUUUACUGGGAUCUCUGGACUUGGAAGCAAUCAGAGAUUUCAGCUUAGUCCUUCUGGAUCUGGAAAUAUAAUGCUUAUUGGAGAUCUGAACUUUGAAGCCCCAAACAACCUGGCUGUUGGAAAUGAAUACAGUUUGACUGUGGCAAUACAGGACAUUGCAUGGCCUUACUACACCACUUAUAUCUAUGUAUACGUGAAGACAACACCAGUCAAUGAAUAUCCUCCUGUUUUCAACAGUUCUUCCUAUGUGUUCAAUGUAUCAGAACUCUCCCCACCUGGAUCUAAAAUUGGGCAAGUGUAUGCAACAGACCUAGACUACCCAUAUAUUGGCAUUACAUACUCUAUAGCAGCUGGAGGCAGUACACUGGGUGCUACCAAUAUAUUCUGGAUAGAUCCCAACUCAGGGAAUCUGCAGCUUGUCAAUUAUGCUGAUUAUGAGACCACACCAAAAUAUAUAUUUACUGUACAAGCUACAGAUCCAGGAUCAAAGAUGUCAACAGCAUCAGUUACAGUGAAUAUCUUGGAAGCUAAUGAUGAGAAACCAAAGUGUCUGCCAAAUUAUUACUCACUGGCUGUUCCUGUGAAUCAGGCAGUAGGAACAAAUAUUCAGAAUUUUAAGCUAACAUGUACAGACCGUGACAGUGGUCCCACCUCAUUCCAAUACUUCAUCAAUUCAGGCAAUAUAAACAAUCAUUUUGCUUUCUCACCAAGCGCUGGCUCCAAUAUCACAAGUCUUAUGUUGACAAAUCCAUUCGAUUACUCAUCUGGCGGUGACACCACUUGGAACUACAAUCUGAUAGUUUAUAUAACUGAUGGCAAUUUACUGUCUGCAAAAGCGACAGGUCUCAUUCAGACUGGGACAGUGUCUUUAUUUAUCAGUGUUUAUGUUCCUGGACUCACCACCCUUACGACUACUACAACGCCCCAGAAUGUGUAUGUAACCCAGACUCUGAAUGCCUAUUCUGCUACAGCCUGGUAUGUGCCUUUUGUCAUCACACUUGGCAGCCUUCUACUUCUUGGCCUCCUUGGCCUUCUGAUUUACCUACUUGCAAAAUACUGCCCGUGCAGAGCAAGCCCCCAGCCGGAUACUGAAAUGCUGAUCCCCCCAGAAAAGAAAAAAGUCAAGCAUGAUGUCUUCUGGGAAAUGACAAAGAUAAACACAGUGUUUGAUGGAGAAGCUCAAGAUCCUAUCACUGGCAGGAUUUAUGAAUACAACUCAAAAUCUGGAGCUAGGAGAUGGAAGGAUACACAACAACCUAUUGAAUCAGGCCAAACAUUGCCUCAAGUAGCAGUCCUUCCAGUAGGAACAACCCAACCACCAGAAAGCACUGUCAAAGCAGUUACUCCAAGAGGGACCCCAAACAAGAGGGAGAAAACCCCUACCAACCCAAUAAAGUCUGAGGAGAAUGCAAAACCUGCUACCCCUAAAGAAACUACGCCCAAAACACAACCAGAAAAACCAAUCACUCCAAACAAACUUCAGACACCGAGAGAACCAUCGCCCUAUGCAGAACCUGUAAGACCAAAUAGGUCUCCAUUGUCACCAAGAAGAUCUCCAAAAGUCUAUCCCAAUGUGCCAAACACACCAUUUUAAACAAAGAAAAGGAGGGCUGGAAAGAAAGAAAGAAGAAUGUAAAUUCUUGUAUGUUUUUUUAUACUGCAAAAAAAAUCAAUAUUUUUUUUAAAUGAAGCAAUGAAAUAAGCAGUGAUUCAGAAUAAUUAUUUGUUUGCAUUUAUAUUUAAAAUGGUGAUGGCUGAUUUGUACAGUAAUGCAGGUAUAUAUCUAUCUGUUUUAGCAAACUUGGUGUAAAGCAGUGGUUCUUAAGUUUCAGGUUUUUUUUUGGACUCCACUCAUAAGGUUUUAGCAGAAAUGCAAAUAUUGGCAUAUUAGUUUUUCAGACAUAGUUCUGAGUAUAACCAGGACCCAGUGGUGUAAUUAAGAUAAUAGGGGCCCCUCCAGAGGAACAUUUGGGGGCCCCAGCAGUGGUAUUUUCAAGGCCCAACCCCCCCAACAGAGGCAUUUACAACCCCAAUAGUAAUGAAAAACCAGGCUGCUUAUCUAAAAGACAGAGGAUAGGAUAUUCAACCCCUUAUAAAUAACCUAAAUUCCUUUCAAGGCAACUUCAAGCUACUUCAGAAAAACUAAGUGGUGUGUUUUCUCACCGCUGAUUUACAUUAGUCAGGGGGAAAGCAUUUUCUGGAGAUUAAUCAUCUGUAGGGAUGGGCGAUUUUGACCCGUUUUCGUCAAAAAUUCGCCGCUGGCGAAAUGUUGCGACACCCAUUAAAGUCUAUGGGCAACUAAAAAUUGUCACGCAGUGAAAUUUUUUUUGACGCGCGUCUUUUUUUUCCGACGCACGACGCCAUACAAGACUAUGGGCGAAACAAGGUGAAAAAAUUCGCCCAUCCCUAAUCACCUGUGUUAGAGCAGAUUUAUUGUGGGCAACUAAUCUCCACAUGAGCCAUAUUCUUUAAGCAAUCAGAAGUUUGUUAAUAAUAAAUAAAAUUCAGCUUAAUAUAUUAAGAUUGUAAGCUCCUCUUCAGUCUCUAUUUGUAAGUCAUCUGUAUAUUUAAUUUUUUUACUUUUCUGGUACUGUACAGCAAUGCUGAACAAAUUUUCAAAAUUAAACCUUUGUGUGUAUCUUUUGCU